AUGAGCGACAGAAACAACCGAGAGAGCCAAAGUAUUGGCAAAGAUGGGCCAUCCCUUGGCAAUACCAGUAGAAAGGAAGUGCCACCUGCACCUGCAGCUGCAGAAGCCAUGAAGGUUGCGGCUCCGAAAGAGCCAUCAGUUUCCGAUCCACUCCCGAGCUUCCACCAAGCGAAUAGGAAGAAGCAUGGUCUUCAUAGAACCCCAAAGGAGUUUGAGACAAAGAUUGAAGCUGCCAAAUUCACUCCGUCAAAGUCGCACAAACCAGGUGCCGUGAGUGUGGCCGCCACUCCCUCGGCAGCAACUCAUUCGGUGGAAGAUAUCACACCAACAACUACCCAGAGCUCCAAUGCCACCAACCACUUUCCACAGGCCAAGAUGAGGAAGUCUGGGCUGCACAGAAACCCAGAAGAGUUCGGGGAAAAGAUCCAAGCUGCCAGAGUCAAACCAUUGGAUUCAGCAAAACCAGGUGCCGUGAGUGUGGCUGGACUUCCCUCUUUCUCUAAUAAUGAUCCUCAUACAACAAGUGAUGGAGAGGUGGCACACUCAAUCAAUGGGGCACAACCUAUCAACACGAAGAAGCAUGGGCUCCAUAGAAACCCAAGAGAUUUUGAGACAAAGGUAGAUGCUGCCAGUGGUUUUAUCCCGUCAUAUUCAACAAAGCCAGGAGUCGUGAAUGUGGCUGCAACUCCCUCCUUAUUGUCCGAUCAUUUCGCGCACAUGACUCCGCCCACACAAGCGAGCUUACAUGGCUCUACCAGUACUGGGAAUGCAUCCUCUGUGGCCGUUUCAACCAACGUCAAGCGGAGUCUACACCACAACUCUGGAGGGGUCAAGACAACGACUGAUACAGCAAGAGCAUUUCCAACCAAUUCCCAGCAAACAUCCAAGGACAGAAACAGCACUGUUACCGGUAGCAUUGUCACAUCUAGGGGUCUUCGCAAGAAGCAAGCUGUCACUACUCAUGCAGAGUCAAAUGAAUCGGAGGAAAACACCGCUACAAUUUCUGUCAUUGAAGACUUGGAUCCAGGUGCCAGCAAGAACCGUCGAAACCCUCUCAUGGUACCCAAAACUGUUACUAAUGAUCUCCAUAUGGGCCUGGUAGAAGCCAUGCCAGUGAUAGAAGACUCCGCCCGCCCCAUCCUGCCCCAUGCUCAACAAGUACAUAAUGAUGACCUCGAAGCAGAAAGGGAAGCUCAGUCAGAAAAGGAAGCUAAAGAAAAAGAAUGCAAUGGCAGAUAUCAACAUCUGGCGCUUAGUCGUCUACAACUUGCUAACCUUACUCCAGCUGUUCCACCUGAGAUUGCACUUCUUACCGAUUUGUCCAUUUUGGGUUUGCCAUUGAAUAAUCUCAGUGGUACAAUGGAUGCGAUUUUGCCAUCAGAGCUCUUGACUGUGGGAAACUUGACCAUGAUCAACAUUCACAGCAACGAUCUUACAGGACAACUGCCAUCCGAGUUUGGCCUUCUGACAAGUCUGACAUACCUUCAAGUGGGGAGGAACAAAUUUGGUGGACAAGUGCCAACGGAUGUUGGUAGGCUCACCGGCAUUCAAAAGCUAAGCAUGUACAUCAACGAUUUUACAGGGUCUCUUCCAAGUGAGCUUGGGCAGUUGACCAGCAUCCAAGAGCUCAGAAUGUACACCAACGCUUUUACAGGGUCUCUUCCAAGUGAGCUUGGGCAGUUGACCAACAGUCAAGUGCUAAGAAUGUACAGCAACGCUUUUACAGGGUCUCUCCCAAGCGAGCUUGGGCAGUUGACCAACAUGACAGUUUUCAGCUGCCACCGGAACUCCCUCAAUGGUACUUUGCCAACUGACUUGGGUAGGCUGACCAGCAUACAAGAGCUCAGAAUGUACAGCAACGCUUUUACAGGGUCUCUUCCAAGUGAGCUUGGGCAGUUGACCAACAUUCAAGUGCUAAGAAUGUACAGCAACGCUUUUACAGGGUCUCUCCCCAGCGAGCUUGGGCAGUUGACCAACAUUCAAGUGCUAAGAAUGUACACCAACGCUUUUACAGGGUCUCUUCCAAGUGAGCUUGGGCAGUUGACCAACAUUCAAGUGCUAAGAAUGUACAGCAACGCUUUUACAGGGUCUCUCCCAAGCGAGCUUGGGCAGUUGACCAACAUGACAGUUUUCAGCUGCUACCGGAACUCCCUCAAUGGUACUUUGCCGACUGACUUGGGUAGGCUGACCAGCAUACAAGAGCUCAGAAUGUACAGCAACGCUUUUACAGGGUCUCUUCCAAGCGAACUUGGGCAGUUGACCAACAUGGCAGAUUUUAGCUGCCGCCGGAACUCCCUCAAUGGCAGCAUCCCUUCUGAGCUUGGGCAGUUAUCCAAUAUAGCAAAGUUGAACUUGCGGGACAAUUCUCUUUCAGGUUAUCUGCCAACUGAAGCUGGAUUGCUGACAAAACUUACUGAGCUGAGUCUGAGAAGCAAUUCCCUUUUUGGGUCUCUGCCAACUCAAAUUGGCUUGCUGACACAACUGACUGCACUGAGUCUGAGAAGUAAUUCAUUGGCUGAACCCUUGCCUAGUGAGCUUGGACUGCUGUCGCAGCUGUCUGAUCUGUGGGCUUAUGACUGUUUCUUCUCUGGUGCCAUUCCUAGCGAAAUUGGGUUGAUGGAAUCCCUGCGGAUACUGAACCUUCGCAACAAUUCCUUUGUUGGUUUGAUCAUCUCUGAAUUGGGGCAGCUUGGAAACCUACAAGAACUUGAUCUUUCACUGAGUCCACCCUCCCUGAGAGGACAGUUUCCUUUUGAUUCCUUGCCUGGUAGCCUAGGAUACCUGAACAUCUCUGGCAGUCCUGGUUUGGUAGGUUCCAUUCCAGAAAAGCUCUGUUUCCUUCAAAACUCCUCUUGCUCUUUUGGCGAGGACGAUGAUCAGUGCUACAUUGACUUUGAUUGUUCCAACCUACUCUGUGGAUGUGAUUGUGAAUGUUGA